UUUUCAAAUCAAAACGAUCUUGUUCUUUAUAUCAGAUGAAGAUUUUGACGUCAGUUAGGGUUUCAACAUGACAGUAGUCAGUAUACAUGAAGAGUUGACAGAAUUGAUAUUUUGAGAAAAUUUAAAUCAAACGCUGCGAUUAAAUUGACUUCGGAUACUUGUUCAGAAAAAAUAUAACUAUUCCCUUGGUUUUCUUGAGAAUAAGUUGCGAAUUCAAAAAGAGGACAAUAAAUGGAAAGAAGAGCAACUUCAUAAUGAACAUUCCACGGUGUUAUCAUCAACUGGACAAUGAUUUUUGUCAGUUAUCAAAACUUCUGUCAAAAUGACUCAAAAUGUUUAUAAGGCACUGCUGAAACUGUUCAGUACCUAUAAAAACGCCGAGUACUGCACCCCAGUGGACUUCGUGGAGGAGCAACUGAAAAACGGACUGAAUAUUGACGAAGACCUCUUCAUCCAACUGGUACAACAUGAAGCAUUCUUGGCUGAAAUAUCAGAGCAAUUCAUAUUCCUCAACAAACCAAUGGAAUGCAACAGAACUAACCUGAUCGUUCUAAUAUAUUUCAUUAUUUUCCUCCUGGAUGAAACAAGCUUCCAAAAUAUAUUGCACCAUUCGAUGCACCGGUGGAAGAACCUUCUUUAUUUCCUCUCCUCGGAGGAGCAAUAUGGCUACAUCACAAAAACAGCCAGUAGCUAUUUCGAUAAUGACCAUGUCCUGAAGAACAUCAUCCAUCCUCUGUUGAACAAAGCCCAAGUGCUGAAGUUGCUAGCGGAGUAUUUGGAGGACCAAAAACGGUGCAAAUUUCCUACAAGGCAGCUAACCCAGCCUGUCGAGUUUAAAUUUCAACUGAAGGUUAGAAAUUCUCCACCCCCACCCUCAAAUACACCCAUGGAGCCACUGGGACUGCCUCCGCGAAAGGCGAUUCCUAGGACGAAUUACAUUCCUGACCUGCGAGUUCUGCAAAGUAUAAGGAAGGAUCAUCACAGGAACCUUGUGAGGGCAAAGAAUCUCUUAGCGGAGGCUAUGAAGAUGGGGGAAUGUCUCACCCGAGCAAAAAAAUACAUGAAGACCCCCAUAUCAAAGUUACCUACAAUCAAGGCUAGGCGAGUGCCAGCUACAUUGAAGAAAGUAGUUGAAACGAAGGGUAAUCUCACAACAACGCUUAGAGAAGCGGCUUUCUUGAUGAAGGAGCACGAAACCGAAAUUCAUAGUAUCGAGGAAAUUAUAAAAGGAGGUUUUAGCGAGCAGAGAAUUCAAGAACUCGAAAUAGAAGAUCGAAUACGAUCAGAGAGGAGAGCGAUAGAGGAUAUACAGAAGAAACACUUACUGGGACUGUUGACGUUUGAAGAGGCAAUUCUGGCUAAGAAAAAACUGGUUGAAGUGAAUAAGUUGAGAAGUAUGGAGGUGAAAGCUACUAAGCAGGAAUUGGCAGAUAAAUUGGACAAGUGGAGGCAAGAGGAGCAGAACAAAAUAAAAGCUCAGGUGGAGCGUUGCCAAAAAUCCAAAGUAGAUGCCAAAGAAGCUGAGACCAAACUCCUAGAACAGAAGCAGACUGAAGUAAGGCUGCAGCAAUACGAAACCAAAGAGCUUCUGAAAAAAGUCGAGAUGGAGAAAGCCAAGGAACUUGCCAGAAAAGUGGAGCUAAUCCAAGAGAUCAAAACCCUCCAUGAGAUAACUACCAAGAUGAACGAAUCCAAGAAAGAAUUCGAUCCCACGGAAAGUCCGAAUCUAGGUUUGAUGUGUGAAAUGUCUAUCGCAGAACUUAACGAGAGACUGUUCAUUACAAAAAUGGUCAUGAAACAAGAGCUCGAACAAAAGAGAAAGAGCAUACUGACUAAAAAGGAGGAUCAACGCGAAAUGGUGAACAACGUUAAGAAUUUCAUUGCUCAAGCAAGAAAAGUGCCAAAACCAGUAUCCAGGCCGAUUUUGAUGACGACUGCAGAACAGAGUGCUGACUUGGUCGAGCUUAGAAAACGUUUGGAGGAGAAGAGAAAUUUGAGAAUACAAACUUGAUAGAAAUUGAUUUGUAUUUUAGAGUUUUCAGACAAAUCCAUUUGAAUAAAAUAUUUUUAUACUGGAA